AUGAUACGGUAUCGGGUGGUUGCGCUUGUUUUAAUUAUGCUGCUAAUUUAUUUCUUUCGGCUCAUUUUCGCUUCCGGUGGCGAUCGAAGUCAGUUUUAUCAAAACUGCUUAAAGUUCUGUACGCUUGACAAUUGUACACAGUCUGGUUUAUCGUACAAGAAGGAGCUACUGUGGAAGCAUGAUCCAAUCAAUAAGCUUUUACUAUGGACAUGCUAUGAUGAGUGUGGUUACGACUGCAUGUGGAAGACAACGUCAGCUUUCCAUAACCGCAACUGGACUACGCCACAGUUUUACGGCAAGUGGCCGUUUGUACGAUUCCUCGGUAUGCAGGAACCGGCAUCGGUGUUGUUUUCGGUAGCUAACUUUGUCACACACUAUAAAAUGCUGCAACGGUUCAAGCGCGAAGUGCGCACCGACAGCCCAAUGUACGGCACGUGGCGAGCCUUUUCCUACAUCUGUUUGAAUGCGUGGAUUUGGUCGGCAAUUUUUCAUACGCGCGACUUUCCCAUUACCGAGCUGCUCGACUAUACGUUCGCUUACUCGAUGGUGCUGGCUUCGUUUCAUUGCAUGGUGAUGCGCAUGAUACACCGAAUGUCGAUCUUUGUGCGAGGCUCGUUCAGUUUUCUAUGUGUACUGUUUUUUAUCAACCACUUUUCCUACCUUAGCAUUGGCAGGUUUGAUUAUUCGUACAACAUGAAGGCCAACAUUGUGACGGGAAUGAGCGGUGCACUCGGAUGGAUUCUGUGGUGUUUCCUGCAGCGCCGAAAACGACGCUAUGUUUGGAAGUGCUUUAUCUUUAUCGUGCUUGCGACAUCGUCCCUACUACUGGAAAUUAACGACUUCCCACCGAUCCUGUGGACGUUCGAUGCACAUUCGAUAUGGCAUUUGGUAACGGCACCGCUAACAAUACUAUUCUAUAGUUUUAUCAUUGAAGACUGUAAAACGUUGCGUAAAGAGUUGGCGAACGUUGAAGAUGAAGAGAGCCGCAAACUGCUUUAA